GUAAAAGAGAUGUUUUGUUGUUGUUGUUGUUGUUGUUGUAAGGCCCAAGGAAUCAGACAUAAUAUUGGCGCGACAAGCGAGGGAGGAAGCGACCGUCCACACAGACGACACAUUCAGCAUUCCCUCAAGUUUACAAAUUAUUCACAGGGUUACGAUUACAUAAACAUGACCUCGAUAUCUAUACAAAUAGAACUGAGCGUACCGUGUUGGUAAGAUAAGAGGAAACAGCAGCCAUGAGAACAAGAGAGACGGACGGGAAGUUUGCAGUAUACAUUCACGUAGACAAUGACUUGGGAAUGAAGUGGACCAGCAGCGUUCACCUGGCCCGCCGGCCGCUGCUAAGUCCACUUGGCACCAGAAAUCGAACUCUCCCUGCUACAAAUAGAAUGCUUGAGUCUCAUCCAGUCAACAGUUUGCAAUGACAGGUUCAUCAUAGGCAGCUGCGUGCCACGACUGAUAACACGUAUAGUCAAAUGAUGAAGGCGCAGCUCUUUACUUUUUUUUCUGCUCGCACAAUAUACUUAGUGUGGGUACGAUGCGACCAUAUGACUAGUCACUAGUGUAAGACAAACAGCGCAGAGUGGAGUUAAUUGAAAGUAGUUUGCCGCUCAAUGGCUGUCAAUCGCUAUUAUAGUGACGACCCUAACAUCGCUGCCUCGACAGCAACCCUCUCCUGGCAGCGUCACUCCUCGACCAGCGCCCCGCUCGAUCAGCAGAACAGGGCAGUGAGUGGUGCGUGGCCCUGACGCACCUUCACCGCCGCCGAGAUGCUGCCGCCGGACACCUCGUCGACAAUGUUCCCGUGGCGAGUGGUGGUGCCCGCCAUGCAGGUGUACGGCUGCUUCCCCUACAGGAUGUCCGCGACAAGCAAACCGCCCACAUUUAGUCUCCCGCUAUGCCUUUGGUCAAUCUUCGCAUUCUUUUUACAGGCAUUGACUGCUUUGGAGACCACAGAAAUGUUAUUACAACAAACCUAUACUACACAGUUGGGCAACAUUGCGUACACCAGUACUGCCAUCUUGUCGAUGGCAGUCCUGUGUGUGACUCCCGCUGCCAUGGGUGUGAGGAGCGGCAGGCUGGCGGGGAUCCUGCACGACCUGUCGGGGAUCACGGAAGUCUCGCCGCCGCCCUCCUACCGCUGGUACUGCAAACCACAGACUCUGCUGGCCAUAUUUUUUGUGGUCGGGCAUACGAUCCUGUCAGUCGUGUUAACCAUUGUAUCGUUCGCCACAAACACGACCAUAUAUAUCAUGAUGCUCCCGCCCGUGAACACUCUCUACUGGAUAGGCUACAUUGUGCCCCAAGAAGUGACCUCCAUGGUGUUCGGCCUCCUGGGCCGCCGCCUGGUGGCCGCAACGGAGAACACGGUGGCCAGGGUUUCCAUGCUCCUCGCACCCGACGGAUCCCUCCAGUGUGAAACCGACGUCGGGGCGGCGCUGCGAGCCGUGCGUGACCUCGAGGCUGUCAUCCGGGAGGUGGAGCUUCAGAAGGCGGCGGCGACUCGCUGCUUCUUCCCGGUGGUCACAACGAGGCUGAUGAUCGCAGUCCUGCUGGCCGUCGCCUGCCCCUAUGCCACCAUGACAGGCUAUGAUAUUGACGGCGUCACGGUCUUCACAUUGUGCCUCGCCUACUACUUCAUGGUCAAAUACUACACCCUGGGGCAGAACUUCGUCAACCAGGUGGGCGCCGUCCGGCAAGUGACGUUCGAGAUCGCGUCACUGUCCCUUCAUCGUGUUUGUUAUAAAGUAAACGUUGCGAAUACUUCUCGUCACACACAUCUCAUUUUCUUCGUUUUACUUCAGGUUAGCGCGGCCGAAGAACUACUGAGAGACCUGACGGUCAAAAGUAACAUUGACAUCGUCAGCUUCAACCUGAAGGUGAACCGGAUAAUGGACAGACUGUCACGUGGCCUUUCCUCCCUCGACAUGUGUGGCUGGUACAGGCUGGAUUAUGCAGCCUUCCUCGGGCUCCUCAACACUGUGCUGACCUACUUGGUGAUCAUCUUCCAAAUGGGAGGAAUCAGAGUCGGCACUUCCGGCUCUACAGGCAACUCCUCAGACCCGGGAAUAGAAAACUGAUCCACAAGUGGGAGAUUCACGGAUGUUAUGAUAGCUACCUAGGCCUGGGUGGACGAUCGAAGAGUAUCGUAGGGAGCAGAUUUUACUGAGGUGGA